CAUGAGAGCGUAACAUUUUGCAGCUGUCUGUGUCUUAACUGUUAGUAGUCAUAGGAAGUGCAUCACUGCAGCUCAGCAGAUUGGUAAUGACUCACUGUGCUCUUUAACAUAUAAGCCUCUGGAGGAAUCGCUCACUUCUUGGGGCUGUACGUUCUCACAGGCGCUUUGUCCGGCUGAAGAAACUUUGGAGUAUUGUCCAACUUUGGAGUACUGACAAAAUGAAGAACUUGCAUUUAUCAGUAUUGCUUUUUACUGUGUUUCAUACAGUUUCCUCUUCUGUCAUGCAGAGACGGAUGGAAUUUGACGAGGCAAUGGCUUACCUGAGGCAGUUUGGUUACCUCGAUACUCCACUGGAUGAGACGUCACAGGUAGACAUGAGCGAGGAGGCCAUAACAGAAGCUCUCAGUCUUUUUCAGAGAGUGUCAGGUUUGCCAGUGACUGGAAGGGUUGAUAGAGCAACAGUGACGAAAAUGAGGGAACCACGCUGUGGGGUUGAGGAUCCUUUCAAUCAAAAAUCCAACAAAUAUAGGCGAUUUGGUGGAACCUGGAGAAAAAGGAGUCUGACCUAUCGUCUCUAUAACUACACACCUGAUUUGGGAAAGGCUGCAACCCAAAGGGCCAUAAGGAUGGCUUUUAAGUACUGGAGUAACGUCACUCCAUUAAGCUUUAAGGAGAUCGAAUAUGGGCGUGCAGACAUUAGGAUCUCAUUCCAUGCCCGAGAUGGUUGUCGAUCACCUUUUGAUGGACCAGGUCAUGUGCUUGCUCAUGCUGAAGCCCCGCCAUCAGGGAUCAUACAUUUUGAUGAGGACGAAUUCUGGACUGAAGGAAAAUUCUACGGCUCUAACCUGCGAAUCGUUGCGGCUCAUGAAAUCGGCCACGCGCUCGGUUUGGGUCACUCUCAAUACAGUGACGCGCUCAUGUCUUCGCACUACGCUGGCUACCAGGUCAACUUUAGACUGCACUCAGAUGACAUCACAGGCAUCCAGGCAUUAUACGGUAAAAGAAUCUUUAGUACCACCACGAAUGAGGACAUUUUUCCUUUGGGCCCCACGACCGUACCUUCCUUCCCACAAGUUGAGAUUCCAGAUCCAUGUGAUGCCAAACUUGAUGCCAUAAUGCUAGGUCCUUGGAGGAAAACAUUCGCUUUUAGUGGGGAUUACACGUGGACAAUCACAGAUAUGGGAUUUAAUCCACCAAUAAAGAUCAAGCAGCUGUGGAAAGACCUGCCAGGGAACCUAAAUGCUGCGGUGUACUCACAAAGAACCAACAAGACGUACUUCUUCAAAGGUGAUAAAGUUUGGCGCUACACAAACUUCCUGCUUGACUUUGGCUACCCCAAACAGUUGACCAGGAUCCCACCUAACAUUGAUGCAGCUCUGUACCUUGAGAAGAACAGAAAGAUUUUCUUCUUCAAGGGCUUAGGUUUCUGGCAAUGGGAUGAAGUCAAGUAUAACGACCUGAGCAUUUACCCCAAACCCAUUUCCCGGCUCUUCACCGGCAUUCCAUCCAACCUAGACGCCACAUUCACGUGGACCAACGGCAAGACGUAUUUCUUCAAAGGGGAUAAAUACUGGCGCAUGAAUGAGCAGCUGAGGGUGGAACCAGGUUACCCGCUCAGCAAACGAGAGCGGUGGAUGAGAUGCAAGAAGUGAGAGUGUGGAGAGAUUAAUGAAGGGCUAAAGAGGACUCUUAACACCUAAAGGCCCUAAAUUGCAGCCAGGGAUAUAAGCACUGCUGAGACACAUGCUGUGUGAUGUGUAACCAUGCUUUUGUGAUUUCUUUUCAAUAAGUUCACAAAGGGGAAAGUGUCCAUUUUUUUGUGUAAGCUCUUUCUUUGACUCUCUUGCAGUCUGAUGACUAGACUAGAGAGUAAAUAAGCACCUGUAAUACAUACUAUUAUAGUUCUAACAUUAUAUUAUGUUUAAAAAGUCAAUUUUUUCAUAUUCUGGAACAAAUCUUUUGACAU